CGUCGGGAGGGAAGGAAAAGCAGAAGCAGAAGCAGCAGCGAAGGAAGCGAUUAUGUGGGCAGGUAUCGCUCGUGGUCGUCUUGCAGAGGAGAGGAAAGCUUGGCGUAAGAAUCAUCCCCAUGGUUUCGUUGCUAAACCAGAGACGUUGCCAGAUGGGUCUGUGAACUUGAUGGUUUGGCAUUGUAUCAUCCCUGGGAAGUUUGGAACUGACUGGGAUGGUGGUUACUUACCAAUUACUCUUCACUUCAGUGAGGACUACCCUAGCAAGCCACCCAAGUGCAAGUUCCCACAAGGUUUCUUCCCCCCUAAUGUUUACCCUUCGGGAACUGUUUGUUUAUCGAUUCUCAAUGAGGAUAGUGGUUGGAGACCAGCCAUCACGGUGAAGCAAAUUCUUGUUGGCAUGCAGGAUUUGCUGGACCAGCCAAACCCUGCUGAUCCUGCCCAGACAGACGGAUAUCACCUCUUCAUCCAGGAGCCAACAGAGUACAAGAGAAGGGUUAGACAGCAGGCUAAGCAAUACCCACCUCUUGUCUAAUGCCAUACCUGUCCUGUUUUUCUUGAAAUCAUUGCUGCAUUUGCCAAUUGCUCAUUGGUGCAUUUGCCAAUUGCUCAUAUGUGUAGACUGCAUGGUAGAUGCUUGUCUGGUAUGGAAGAACUUUUGUUGGUAAUGAAUGCUCUUAAUAUGACAGUGUAUCAACUCGAAUACCAGUAGUACUUAAUUGAUGUUUAUUUCAGUGGUAGGGACACUGUAUGCCUUGUUAUCAUAUUUAAUGCUUUGGCUAUUUCUUAUAAGAUUGUUUCUUGUUUUCC